UCUAGGUGUUCUCAUCUUUUCUAUGAGUUUGACCCAUCUAUAAUGAUUAUCGGCAGCUAGUAGUUUAAUCAUUAAGUAGUAGAGAAGAAAUAUUAAUUAGGAGAAAAUGUCAAAUCUAAAAAUGAAAGAGGCAGCCCUUAUCUAUCUUGACAGAAGUGGAGGUCUCCAAAAGUUUAUAGAUGAUUGCAAGUACUACAAUGAUUCAAAACAAAGUUAUGCUGUCUAUCGAUUCAAUAUUUUAAUAAAUCCUUCUGAUGUUGUUGAAUUAUAUGCUGAACUUGGAAAUCAUAUUUUACACCAUCCUUUAAAAGCUGCUCAAGUUUUUCAAUCAGUCUGUUUUAUUGCUGUUAAGACUCUCUCAUUAAUUGGACAAUUACAGACUGAAACUCAAAUUAACAUAGUGCUGAAAUUAACACACUUACCUUCUCUGCCAAGUUAUUGUCUUGAUCUUUGUGAGUUUCCACUUGAUUAUACAUCUCAGAGAUUUUAUAUAAUGCAAGGAAUUGUGAUUGCAAUAACAACUGUAACCAAGUAUACUCAAGGUGCAAGAUUCCUUUGUUCAGAUGAAGCAUGUCCUUUUUCAAAAGGAUUUCAAUAUGUAAGAGUACAUGUGCCUGGAGCUACAGAAUCUGCAACAAUAAGAAAUGACUUUUUGUGCAAUUUGUGUUCAUCUUCACUCCAAGAAGACAGAAAAUUUAGAGUACUUGGUGAUAAACAGAUAGUUGAAAUAAUUGCCACAGAAGCACUUCAUGCUUUUCAAGGAUAUUCUAAAAACCAGCCAUUUAGGUUUCAAUCUCUUACAAUUUUUCUAAGAGAUGAAUUAGUGAAUAAAAUGAACAUAGGAAAUGAAUAUAAAAUUAUUGGAAUUCCAACCUGUGUCAAAACCUCACAAACUGCUGUCUGUAUAGAGGCAAAUAGCAUCACUCUUUGCAAUCUAAAAGUUCCUUCAGGAAUUAGUGACAACUUCAGAUGCCUCCUCUCCUUGACUUCUAGCUCAUGCUGGAAGUUUACAGCAAUACUUGCCAAUAUCUUUGCAUCACACAUUGUUCCUCCUGGGACUUACAAUUUACUCAAACUCUGUUUGUUGAUGAGUCUAGUACAGACAAGUGACCGUAAUAAGGAAUCAGAAGAUUGCCUGGAUAUUUUAAUUAUAACAAGUGAUACUCUACUUAUAGACAGGCUUUUGAAUUUUAGCAUAAAUCUUUUUCCCCAUGGUAUACGCCAUCCAGUCUCUACUGAAAUUUUUCCUACUCUAUCCAGAAAUAAAUAUGGAACUGGAGCAGUUAGCAUUCAAGCUGGCAGUGCUUUGUUAGCUAAAGAUGGUAUCUGCUUUAUAGGAGACUUAUCUUCACACAAAAAAGAUAAACUUGAACAACUUCAAUCAGUUCUGGAGAGCAGAAGCAUUACAGUAUACAUCCCAGGAAAGAAGUUUGGGGAUGAUAUUGAUCAACAAAUGACUUUUCCAGUUCAGUGCAGUUUUUGGUCUUUUGUUGAUACGGAUUCAUCUUCAAGGAGAAAUACACAGAAAAACAACACUCUAAUUGGUCAGAUGGAUUGCAGCUUGAUUCCAGCUAACCUUGUAGAGACAUUCGGAUUACUGAUUAACUGCAAUGAAUCAUCUCCUUGCCACCCACAUUUUCCUACUGUGCAACAUACUUUAAAGAAAGCUAUUGAUCCUGAAGGGCUAUUUUAUUUUGCUUCUAAACAGUUCACAACUGAAGAUUUUGAAAAGCUACUGGCUUUUGCAAAGAAUUUGGAUGUAGAAUUCAGCUUGGAGGCAGAAAGAAUGAUUCAUGGCUAUUAUCUAGCCAGUCGCAGAAUCAGAACAGAUUUUAUAUAUGGAUCAAAACUGUCAGCAUCUGCAUUAAAAUAUUUAGUUUCCUUAUCUGAAGCCCAUGCACGACUGAAUUUAAGGAAUAAAGUGCUCAAAGAAGAUGUACUAAUUGCAGCUUUAUUAUUUGAAACAUCUCUCACAUUGAAAUAUGGGGCCACUGUAUUUUGUGUUGCUCCAAAUGCAGUAUUUCCCUUUGAACUGUACAAUGAAGAGUACUUACAACAAAGGGAUCUCUAUCUGACUCAGUGCCAGAAACAGCUCCAACAGUUUAUUGCCACAUACGGACCUGGAACAGCUGUUUUCACUAACGAUGAAUAAGCAAUUUGAGAAAAAUUUCCUUUUGAUUUCAACUUCAGCAAUGGGAAAGUGUAUUCGAGUAACUUUAAAGCAAUGCUUCAGAUAGUACUGUAUACAGGAGUACAUCAGAAUGCCAUUUAAAAAACAAAUCAUGGUCCCCACAAAAAUCAACUGCUACUGGGAUAUACACUAAUCCAAACUUCUAAAACAAAUUACCAUAAUUUCAAAUUUUAGGAGAGAAAUAUGGAUGAUUAAGAUGAUGAAGUCACCAAAGAGAAUCCUAAGUUUCUGGUUAGCCCAGAGUAUGUGAUAAAAAAAAAUAAGGACCUUACAAUGUGAAAAAUGGUUAACAUGGAAUUCACUCUAUUUGUCAUAAGAUGGCAAUAACCCUAUUUACAAAAUUUUUUAAAAAUAUUUUUUUAGUUGUA